GCUCGUCCCCAGGUUGUUGUCGAGUUCGUUGCGUAAUUGUCCCAAAAAAAAAAAAAAAAAUCACAGAGAGAGAGGAAAAUACUUCUGCAAAUCGAGGGUUCAUCCCUGCCAGUUUGCUCGCCGGGAGCCUCGCCCUCGCUCCCUCUCCCUCUCCCUCUCUCGGCAACAGACUCGCUGCUCCCUCAGCAGCUCAUAGAUAAUUCCACACAGUUGUGAGCGUGUAAAGAGAGAGAGAUCUUGAAGGAGAUGGAUCUCAAACAUUUCAGUCACAGGCAUCCAUUGAUCUUCAUAGAAGAAGUGAAAAAUGAAGGUAAGAAGGAUAUUAUCUGCUCGGGAUGUAAUGAACCGAUAUUGGGUCCCGCCUACAAAUGCUCUGAAUGCAAUUUCCUUCUGCAUCAAUCGUGCACGCAGCUACCUCGCGAGAUACAACAUCCCUUGCAUCCAAACGAUGCCCUUAUCCUCCAAGCACCUUCGGCGAGUAGUCGUUGUGAUGCUUGCCGGAGAUUUUGCGGCAGAUACUUCUAUUAUCGUUGUGACUGGUGCAAUUUCGAUCUUGACAUUAAGUGUGCCUCUCGUUGGCAAAUUUGUCCUGACAAAUGUCAUCAACACGCAUUCGUCCCCAUUUUGAACCAAAUCCAAUUCGCCUGUGAAGCUUGUGGCGUGGAACGCAAGGAUAUUGCCUACCUAUGCAACAUCUGUCGACUCUUGGUUCACUAUGAAUGUACUGAAUUCCCUCGUACCAUAAAAAUUACAGGACAUGAUCACUCGCUCACUCUGACUUAUUCUCUUCAUCAAGUCAAGGAGGACCACAACAUAUUCUGUAAACUUUGUUACAAAAAGGUGAACAUAAAGUAUGCAGCUUAUUAUUGCCAAAGAUGCAGUUAUCUUGCCCACUUGAACUGUGCAACUGACACUUUGUUUGAAGAUAGAAUCGCGGACUACUCGAGUACUGCAGAUUUCAACUCGUUUUCGAACAAUUCCAUUGAUUUUGUCAACCUAAGAGAUGGUGAAGGAGCUAGAGAGAUGCAACAUUUCAGUCAUCAUCACAGCUUGAACUUCAAUGAAGAGGAGCUCAAGGAUGAUGAGCUUUGUGAGGGAUGCAUGCAAUUAAUCUCGGCACCAUUUUACAGUUGCCAACAAUGUAAGUUAUUUAUCCAUAAAAGAUGUACUGAGUUACCCAAAAAGAAGCGACACCUACUCCAUCGGCAUGUGCUCACCUUUCACUCACGGGCACCUUCCAUUGAUGGCAUGUUCUAUUGUAAUGCUUGCAAGCAUUAUCGCCAUGGCUUUACCUAUAGAUGUGAUGAAUGUCAGUACAACCUUGACGUUCAUUGUAGUUCAAUGCCAGAAUGCCUUAAACAUGAAGGUCACCAACACCCCCUCUUCCUCGCUAUAAAUUCUGAUGAAGAAUGCAAUGCUUGUGAUUAUAAUGAUGCCCACCGCGUAUUUGUAUGCACGGAUUGCAGCUUCACCUUGGGUUUUAAAUGUGCAACUCUUCCGCUCGAAGUUACACAUAAAUACGAUACGCAUCCCCUCAAGCUCACCUACACUGCUGAAGAUGACUCUGGAGAAUAUUAUUGUCAAAUUUGUGAAGAAGAAAGAGAUCCAAAUCACUGGUUCUAUUACUGUGAAGAUUGUGACUUUGCUGUUCAUCCCCACUGCGUUCUUGGAGAAUACCCGUAUAUUAAAUUUGGAAGCAGUUAUACGAAUGAACAACACCCACAUCCUCUAACUAUUGUGCAAAGGAGUAAAUACUUCCCUCCGUGUGACGCGUGUGAUGUACCUUUCGAUGGCGUGGCCAUAGAAUGCACUCAAUGCAAAUUCAACAUCCACCCAUGGGAUGAUUGUUUGUGGAACCUUACUCAAGAAACAGUUAAGUAACCUUUGAGUGGUCAUUGGAGAAUGCCAGACAGAUGGAUAUCUUCUUGUUGUUGGUAACUUGGUUGUACUUGUUAGAAUAUUUGUGCUCCUGCAUGUCUUGUCGUAGAUAUGUAAAUCUAGUGUUUUUAUCGAUCACGUGUUAGAAAAUUUGAAGUAGACUUCGAUUACGAACAGGAUACAAGGUUUAAAUAUGCGACUUUUACAUUGGCUUCUGGCUUUUGAACCAUCUA